AUGGAGUAUGAUGUUUCCUCUGCAGUGCCGGGUGCAGAAGCCAGCUGGCCCUUCGACGAUCCCAACGCCGAAGUGAUCCUUCGGUCCUCGGAUAAUGUCCAUUUUAGAGUCUUCAAAGGCAGCCUUGCACUCGCAUCUCCUGUCUUCAAGGACAUGUUCACUCUCGGAGCCUCAGUCCAUGAAACAGGAACCGUGUUGGACAUGUUGCUCAGACUCAUCUAUCCUCUGACAACCCCCGAACUCGACUCUGUUGACGACAUAAAGACUCUCGUUGCUACUGUCGUCAAGAACCUUGCAGAAAAGGCUGUGCGGGAAACGUUGAAGAUCAAGGAUUUUGGCCGGCCAGGCGGUUAUGUAGCUGAACUUGAGGACAUCACAGCGGGCGACGACCUCCGACUUCUGGAGUAUCACUCUGCCUGUGCAACUGCUGCGCAUGAGAUCGACUUUCAAACGGAAUUUGAGGACAACUUUCAACCAGAACUUAGAGACGAGAUUGAAGACAUGCCACAAAUCAUCUGCCGCUGUCCAAAGGAUGUAUCAGGUCAUGAGUGGUUCCAUGAUUACUUGACUGCCACACGCGAGGCUCUACUCCAUCGACCCGAUCCAUCAACUGUCGAGAAUCUGGAUUUUCUUUGA